AUGACGGAUGCCGUCAACACGCGACGCGAUGUUCACGGCUCCACCACGGAGCAUACUGGCCAGCCGUUACUGCUGGCGUCGACCAUCGCCGCGUUAGGAGGCCUCGGCCUGGCUCCCGACUUGGAGGGGCUCCUUACCCGCCUCGCGGAGAGAGACUGCGGUGCUGCCGGCGGGGAUGCUCGUUCCGCGGAAUGGGCGGAGCGGAAGGGUCUGGGGGAGGAGAUUGGAAGUCGGUGCGGGGAUGGGGCGGAGCAGCUGCUCGCGCAGCAGGCGACCGUAGGCCACCGGAAAAGGCAGGCGCGUGGGGAAGAGGAAUCGGCAGAGCGGAAAGCGCCCAUUUUCCGCGUGGCCCCGCUGACGGGGCUGGUGCCUGCGCACUUGCGCGAGAACCGGGGAUGGCGGAGGCGUGGGGGAAGAGCGAAGGGGGCGGGGCGGUGGGCGGUGGAGGGGGCGAGUGAGGAGGAGAGCGUGGCGGCGGUGGGGGAGGCGGGGCUGAGGCGACUGGGGAUGUGCGCUGGGGACAUGGUGGCGGUGGCGCUGCUGCCAUAUGCGCCAGGCGCACAGGCCACCCAAGCCAUGCCCGUGCGCCUGCUGCUGUGGCGAGGGGAGGCGCCACGGACGGGCAGGGCCGGCCGGCGAUGCUGCAGCAGCGACAGCAGCAGGAGUAGGAGUGGGGGUGGGGGUGGGGGUGGGAGUGCGGGAGGCACGGCGUGGGUGUCGCCCCUGCUGGGAUUCAACCUGGGCCUGCCGGGGGGAGUCAUGGGGGGGUGGGAGCGCGGUGAGGGGGGGGAGGGGCGCGAUGAGCAGGGCGAGUGUGAGGAUGAUGACAUGUGGGACGAGGUGGGGAGUGAAGAGGAGGAGGGAGGGGAGGAGGGAGAGGAGGAGGGGGAGGAGGAAGAGGAAGAGGAGAGGGAGGGAGUGGGUGGGUCAGGGCGGGCAGCAUGGGCGGGCAUCCGAGUGCUCAUUCUGCCCCUGCCCGCCCUGCCUAGUAUACCUGUUGCCCCCGCACUCUCCCAGGUGCACCACCCCCUGGCAGCGGAUGGGGGUGGGCGCAUGGCGAGUGUGAGCGUGGGCGUGGCCUCUGUGGUGCGCCUUGCUGCUGUUCGCUGCCCCUCCGCCCUCCCCCCUUGGCACACUCUGAGGGAAAGGGGAAGAGGUGGGGAGGGAGGAGGGAGGGGAGAGAGGGGAGAUGGCAGUGGGGCGGUGGGAGGGGGGAUGGGGAGGAGAGGGAGGGGGAAGGAGGGGCAUGCAUGGGCCAAUAGGCAUGUGCCACGUCAUGAGGAGAGAGAGGGGAGGGAGGAUGGGGAGGAGCAGCGCGAGCAUGUGGGCAUGGGUGGGGAGGAAGGGUCAGAGGAGGAAGAGGAGGGGGACGAGGAGGAGGAGGAGGAGGAGAGGGCGUGGGAGAGGGAGGCGAGGCAGAGGGAGGUGGACGAUGGGGUGCGGCGGGCUGUGGUGCGGCAGCGGUUCGUUGCGGUGGGGGCGUGCUUCCUCACGGUGCUGGGCGGUAGAGAGAGCGUUGCUCGCAUGGUGCAGUCUGUUAUGGUGGGUCGAGGGGCGAGGGGAGGAGGGGGAGGACGGGAGGUGGAGGAACGAGGAACAGAGGAAGAGGAGGAGGAGGAGGAGGAGGAGGAGGAGGAGGAGGAGGAGGAGGAGGAGGAGGGGGAGGAGGAGGAGGGGGAGGAGGAGGGGGAGGAGGAGGAGGGGGAGGAGAGGGAGGCACGGGUGGUGUAUCUGAGGGUGGUAGCAGUGCAUCCCCCUGGCAGCACCAUCUACGCCAUCCACCCCCACUCCACCCACCUCCUCCUCUCCGCCUCCCUGCCCUCGCCCCUGCCACCUGUCGCUCUGCGAUUCGCUGGGGAUCUAGCAGGGUACCCCCCGCCGCCCGAGGCUGGGCGACUGGUUCGGCUGUUGGCUCCGGCGUUGCUGCCUGUGGGGUGGGGGAGGGAGGGCGGGGAGGGCGGCAGGGGGAGCAGUGUAGUGGGGGGCAUGGCGCCAUCCGCGUUCAGCUGCGCGCUGCUGCUCGUUGGGCCCUCUGGAGUGGGGCGGCGAACAGCAGUGCGGGCGUCGUGCCAGCGCAUGGGCGUGCACUGUGUCGAGUACAGCAGCGCCGACCUCGCCUCCUCCGCCAACGAGAGCGCGACAGCUGGCGCGCUGCAAGCCGCCUUUGAAACAGCGAGCCGCUACUCCCCAGCAGUGCUGCUGCUGCGCCGCUUCUCCGCCCUCCUCACGCCCUCAGACGCCCCCGACGCCUCCUCCUCCGCCUCGCUGUCUCUGCUCGCCCACACACUGCGCGGCUGCAUCCGCUCCUUCUCCCGCCCCCAUGGGUCUUCCAGUGCAGCCCCACCCCCCUCGCACACCUCAUCAGCCGCAACUGUAGCAGCAGAGGGAGGGGUAGGGGGGGCGGCGGUGGUGGUGGUGGCGUGUGUGGAGGAGGGGGAGGCGGAGGGCAUGGGCGUGGCGGUGCGGCGGUGCUUCACUCACGAGCUCGCUGUGGGGCCACCGGAUGAGGGGCACCGCCACCGCCUGCUGCGCUUCUUCCUCCAGGUGAGCCCAGGGGCACAGCACCUGCGAAUCACCCGUGGGGCCCAGGGGCACAGCACCCGUGGGGCCACCGGAUGA